UCAACAACAACUUAAAUAAAAACUGAUCGACCAACGAUAACUAAUAAAUUUUCGACAUGAAGCUGAAAUUUUUAGCAAUAUCAUCACUGAUAUUGGUUAUCACUUUGAUAGUAAAUCUAUCCGAAGUUGAUGCCGGUAAAAUGAAAAAAAUGAUGAAAGAUAUGAUGAUGAUGGGUAUGAUGGGCGGUAAAAAGAAGAUCAUCAUUCCGAUUCCAAUACCAAUGAAAAUGGGCGGUGGAUCUAAGUGUGUGUAUGUACCACAACCCUAUCCUGUUAUCAAAUAUGUCGAAAAACCUGUUUACAUGAAAAGUGGCGGUUAUGGUGGCGGAGGAGGUGGAUAUGGAGGCGGUGGCGGUAUGAUGAUGGGCGGUUACGGAGGCGGCGGAGGUGGUGGCUAUGGAGGCGGCGGCGGCGGUGGCGGCGGAUAUGGCGGUAAAUAAUCUAAAAGUGGUGGUGGUGGU